UAUUUAUGUAGAGUAUUUAAAAAAUAUAUAUAUUUUAAAAUCCAACUAUUAAAAAUGAUUUUUAAAAAAUAUAAUCUGUUCCUUAUUUUGUUAUGUGUCGUGAUUACAAAAAUAUGUCAUGGAAUAUUAUUCGGAAGGUUAAUUGAUAAACCAUUAGAAACUGCUUUAAAAUUAGACACUGGAUUCGAUUAUCCUAGUUAUGAUGAGCUAUGUAAUUUGUCAAAUUCAGAAUUCAAAAAAAAAAUUUUGAAAGGAGAUCGAUAUCUAGAAAAUAUUGUAUUAACGAAAAAAACUGUCAUCAUGUUGUUGGACCUUUUUUGUGGUAAUAUGUACAAUUUUCUUCAAUAUAUGAAACUAUUUUCAUUUUUUAUUGAAAAUUCACUUGGACAAACUUAUGAUAUAAAAACAAUUAUUUUAAAUGAAUCGAUUACAAAACAAUUUUUAGUCACACUUAUAGAAUAUGAUAUUAACGAUAAACUAACCAUUUUUUGGAUGAUACAUUUAUAUACUUAUUACAUUCAAUUGUUUGGUAAUGAAAUAUAUCGAUAUAACAAGAAUAUUAAACAUACUCACGAUAUUUUUUACAAAGUAUUAAAACGUGUAAGUACAGAAUUAUGUCGAAAAAAAAAUAAAUAUGAAGUAAAUAAUUUUCCUUUGAAUACUGCGGAAAAUUAUUCAACUCUCACGAAUCUUAUAGAUGUUAUGAAUCAAAGAAAAGAAAAUAAUAAAAAUGUAUUAAAACAUACAGAAGAACAAGAAAAUUCGUUUUCACUCAGAAGUAUUUACCUGCGUGACAUAAUUGAUAAGAAAGAAUUAUUGAGAACUAUUAUAAUGGAUUUUGGUGCCCAGAGUGAAAAUAAUUUCGAAGCUAUUUACAGUGAAAUAUAUGAGGAAUAUACAAAGGCAAGGAAUUAUUUUUGGUUUGAUAUAUGGAUAAAACAAAUUGGAAUUUACCAACAAAAAAUUUUGAACGUUUUUAAAACCGUUUUAAUGCAUUUAGUCAGAAAAUGUUUGAUAUAUAGUUCAUUAAUGUUAAAUAAAAAAAAUACAAAGAGUGGUUUAAAACGAAUGUAUUCUAUAGUUGAGAAUUUUGUUGAGUGUUUCGAUAGCCAAGAAGUUCAAGAUGUUCAAAAAGUAUUCAAGUCUUUUAACGAAUUACCGAUAUUCACUGAAAAUUUUAAUCUAUAUUUUAUUGUCAUUAUUUCCAUAAUCGAAAGCAUAAUUAACAAAAUAAAACCGAACUCUUUUAAUCUUAUUUUAAAUAAUUUAAUUAGUGUUCCAGGCUACAAAUCGAAUAUCAAUGUAAGAACUAAAAAAUAUAUUUCUGAUACUAUAUUAAGUGUUGAUGCUAUCAAUACUAUUGAACAUUUAGAAAUAUUCACAGAUUCGAAUGACAUGAAUAUGAGUUUAGUAAGAAUAUAUUUAUUUAUGGAAUUAUUCAAUAAAUCAUUCCAAAAUGUUAACUUAAAAAGCAUUUUAUCAUAUUUAACAUUUAUUAAAAUAUUCGAAUUAUUCAGCGACCGUAGAGAUAAUAACAGUGUAAAUGAAAUAAGAUUAUUAGAAUUAUGAAAAAUAUUUUUUUUUAUACAGUUAAAGCAAAAUAAAUAAAUGUAAAAUUAUGUUAUAAUAAAUGAGAAACUUGCUAGAUAUAUUAAAAUUUUUAUAUAUUUAUUUAAAAGAAAUCAUGUGAGAUUAUUAGAACUAUAAAAAAUAUUUUGUUUAAGAAGGUAUAGCAAAUUUUAAACAGUUAUUUUCAAAUAUCUCAUUUUAUUUUAAUACAAUUUUAAUAUUAUAUUAUUACAUAUAAUAUUAACAUAUAAUAUGAUGUUAUCAUAUGUACAUGUAUGUCACAUAUCAUGAUUAUACAAGAUCACCAAAACAGGAUUCUCUUAUUUAAAAUACAAAAUAACCCUUUAAUUAUACGAUAAAAUCUCCCUCUUGUAGAAAUUAUUAAGUAACACCUACACGCUGGGACCCUAUUUUAAUUAACCAAUUAGAAUACAAAGCCUCAACUUCCAGGAUCACGGUAGAGAUCGCUGGGCUACCCCCUUCAGACUAUAAAUAGCCAUUUUUCCCCAUCUAAACCAGUUCUUUUAACGAUUUUAAAAUACACAAAAUCUACGACGUUUUACUCAAGAUUUCACUCUCCGGGACUUAGUCGAUUUUUUAAUUAAUUUGGACUUAGAAUAUUUUUCAUUUUAAAACUAAAUGACACUUAGAAAUUUUAAAGUGAAUUUUGUUUUGGUGAAUCAUUUAAUUUAAUUUGUUCAAUCAUUAAUAAUAUUUUAUUUUUCUUG